AUGCCCGCGGUGCCCGUGACGGUGCACACCCGCGGGCUCCAUCCGUUGCAGGCAGCGAUGGCGUUGCACUUGCAGAAGGAUCCCGCGUGCCGCGCCGCCGCCUCCCUGCCCUUGGUCUUCAACAUGGCAGGCCCCCGUCCAUCUGUGAAGGCCGUCUGGAAUGCUAUCAAGAUGGUGGGCCGCACCAGGGAGACCGGCGGCCCGCCGCAGACCAAGUGCGCGAAUUGUGGUCGGGGGUCCGCGCUGUCCCCAGAGCAAGAAAACGCCGCGGUGGCCUUCGUGCAACAGAAUCGCAACAAGCGGUUCUGCUGCUGCAGGUACAUCCGCACCGUGUUGGAGUUGAAGUGCACGAAGAGAACGGUCGUCAACGUUCUCAAACGCCACGGUUGCCGUUGGCGCGCCGUGCCAAAGGUUCGCGGCUUCGACGACGCCGAGCUACAGAAGCGGAGGGAUUGGGUCAACAAGUGCGUGGACAUGACGCCCGAGCGGUGGCUGGCCAAGAUGAACCUAGUCCUGGACGGCGCAAUCCCGGCAAUGGCCCCCAAGCCGUUAGACAAGCGGCAGCGCCACUUGGCGCAGACGAUCCGCCAUGCGUGGAUGCGGAAGGGCGAGGACUCCGACCCCGACUGCCACUUGUACAACGGGCGCGGUAUCCGGCUUGGGACGGCGGUCCCGCUGCGCG